AUGAUUAAAAAUGACUUCCCAUCUAAAUGGUCACAAUUUAUAAAUCAAAUUCAUACAUGUCUUUCUACUGAUAAUAUUGCUGCAUGUGAAAGUGCUCUUCUUAUUUUUUAUACACUUGUACAACAUUAUGAGUACAAAAAAAUGGAAGAUCGAGGUCCAAUGGAUGAUGUUAUGUUUGUUAUUUUGCCUCUUCUUCAUCAACGUUUUAUGCAAUUAUUUGCUCAUAAUGAUUCAGAUCAAUCAGCACUUAUACAAAAACAAAUUCUUAAAAUAUUUCAUGCUUAUACUCAACUUCAUUUAAGUUUUCGAGUAUUACCUACACAAACAAUGGCAACAUGGCUUGAUACAUGUUGUGCAGUUAUUGAAAGACGUUUACCUGAACGUUUAGAUGCACUCGAUGAAGAUGAUCGAGCUGAACAUCCAUGGUGGAAAUGUAAAAAAUGGGCAUUACAUAUUCUUAUUCGAACAUUUGAAAGACAUGGUGCACCAGCAAAUUUACCUAAAGGUCAACCACAAGAUAGAGUUGAAUUUGCAAAUUUUUAUUUAAAAGGUUUUUCCGGAAAAGUAAUUAGUCUUGUUUUUGGUAUUCUUGAAGCUUAUCGACAAAAAAUUUAUCUAUCACCACGUGUUACACAAUUAUCACUUAAUUAUUUACGUGAAAGUGUUCGUCAUGCAUUUUCAUGGAAAAUUAUGCAAAAUAAUAUUAUUGUACUUAUACAAGAUGUUAUUUAUCCAUUAUUAUGUAUUAAUGAUGAUGAUAUUGAAUUAUUUAAUGAAGAACCAAUAGAAUUUGUUCGUGCACGUCUUGGUAAUAUAAUAAUUUGCUUUUUGAAUCUAUUGACAACAAAGUAUAAACUACUCUCAAAUAGAAUCUAUGAGAAAACUUAGCGAAUAUGUGGGAUAUGAUUAUUUUCGUUUAUACUUCUGGUAUAUUACGACUUCCAUCAAACUUUAUCCGAUUCGGUUGGAAAUUUUUUUUUUUUUGAGAUAUCUCAGAGGUAUUUUUGAGCGUUUGCGAACAGUGGAAUGUUUACUUUCAGAAUCCUAUAAAUCUGAAUAGGAAAAUCAAAAAUGAAAACAGUCGAUUUUUACCUCUGACGGAUGCUUCCAAGUAUCUGUGGUGAAAAUUUCAGCCCGAUCGGACAAAGUUAGAAGGAGGUUGUAUGCAACCAGGAUUAAAAAACUGAUGUUUUAUGUUACCAAGAAUUCUGUGACAGUAAAUUAGAUCGAACUCUUUCUUAAAACCAGUUUUUCAAUGAUCUUCUCAUGUCGUACAACGAAAACUGUUUAUUUUACUAUUUUGAGAUCAUGGUUUACAAAAGAGUAAAGUCAGUGAUUACUAUCAAAAGUAUAUAUAUACGAUUAAAAAUAUCUUAUCUCAUUGAGAAUUAUUGUUCAUUGCCGAGAAGAGAUCAAAUAGGUGUAUAUUCGAGUUUUUCGUUUCGAUAAGAAUAGCAAUAUAGAAUUUGAAAAAAAGAUUUAAACAACUGAGAAGAUUUCCUAUUAGGAUUAGUAAGUCCGAAAACGGCGUAGAAUAGCCAUGAGGAUAUUACAGGCAUUUCAUUUUAAGGAUCUUGACUACGAGAAAAAAGUUGUUCCAAUCAAAACUAAGUAUUACAAUUAAAUAGUCUAUAAUUUCAAACGAAUUAUCUUAUAAUUCAUAACAAUCAGAGUAUAGUUCAAAAGAGAUGACUUAAAAAAGUCUU